CUACACUUGUUUUGUCUAUUCAACAUUCUCUUCUUUUUCAAAAGGUAUCCAAUCUGCAUGAAACCCCAGAAUCUAACAUAUGUCCCAGAAUUCCUCCUCCUGGGCCUCUCAGAUGAUCCAAAAUUGAAGCCCCUCCUCUUUGGUCUGUUUCUGACCAUGUACCUGGUCACGGUGCUCGGAAAUCUCCUCAUCAUCCUGACUGUCAGCUCUGACUCUCACCUCCACAGCCCCAUGUACUUCUUCUUGUCCAAUCUGUCUUUGGCUGACAUUGGUUUCAGCACCACUACAGUCCCCAAGAUGCUGGUGAACCUCCAGACACACAGCAAAUCCAUCACUUAUGCAGGCUGCCUAACUCAGGUGUCCUUUUCUUUUCUUUUGGGAUGUUUGGACAAUUUACUCCUGCUUGUGAUGGCCUAUGACCGGUUGGUGGCCAUUUGUCACCCUCUGCACUACCCGGUCACCAUGAACCUCCAUCUCUGUGGCUUGUUGGUCCUGGCGUCAUUUUUCCUCAGCCUUUUGGACUCCCAGUUGCAUUACUUGAUGAUGUCACAGCUUACAUUCUGCAGAAAGGUGGAAAUUCCUCAUUUCUUUUGUGAUGUCCCUCAACUCCUCAAACUUGCCUGUUCUGACACCUCCACCAAUAAAAUAUUGAUCUAUGUUCUUGGUGCCAUCUUUGGUGGUGUUCCACUCACAGGGAUCCUUUACUCUUAUACUCGAAUUAUUUCUUCCAUCCUGAGAGUCCCCUCGUCAAGUGGGAAGCAUAAAGCCUUCUCCACCUGUGGCUCUCACCUGUCAGUUGUUUGCUUAUUUUAUGGAACAGGCCUUGGGGUGUACCUCAGUUCCACUGUCUCAUCUUCCCCAAGGAAGGAUGCGGUGGCCUCAGUGAUGUACAUUGUGGUCACCCCUAUGCUGAACCCCUUCAUCUACAGCCUGAGGAACACGGACAUCAAGAAUGCCUUGUGGAGGAUUGUCAGCCGAAUAGGUUGA